AGAAAGCUGCCCAGGACUGCUGCUUUCUUUGUGAAUGAAAGGAUCCCCUGCUCAUAUCACCAUAAAGUGACCUGUGUCUCAGGAACUUACUUCCCCAGGUGAGGCAUGUUUUAAAACGGAGAGCGAAAGACAACGGCUCAGGAGACCAGGUGAAUUCCAUCAUCAUGUGGACGUUUCUUGUUCUUCUGGCUUUUCCAUAUCUCCUGGCUGCACAGAGUACCUGCUCAUAUGGUGCUUGCUAUCCACCUGUCCAAGACCUCCUCGUAGGGAGAAUCCAUCAUUUGAAAGCCUCCUCCACGUGUGGACUUGUCAGACCUGAAACGUACUGUACGCCAUAUGGGGAAUGGAAAAUGAAAUGUUGCCGAUGCGAUUCCAGGGUUCCUCGUGCCUUCAACAGUCACCGGGUGGGAAAUGUCCUCUCUUCCACAGGACGCAUGCGGUGGUGGCAGUCUCAGAAUGAUGUGAAAGAUGUCUCGCUCCAACUAGAUUUGGAUAGAAAAUUUCAGCUCAGUGCCAUCCUGCUGGACUUCAGGAGCCCCCUGCCAAAUGGCCUGGUGAUUGAGCAUUCUACUGAUUUUGGCAAAACCUGGAGGGUUUAUCAGUACUUGUCCACAGACUGUGCUUCCUCAUUUCCAUCUCUUCCCAGAGGCCUCCCUCAGAACUGGCAGGAUGUGCGGUGCCAGGAUUUGCAGACUCAGCACAGACCACCUCAGAAUGGGGGGAAGAUUGAGUUCAACCCCAUUGGCCUUGCAUCUGGGAUGACGGCAUCUCAAAGCCAAAUAAUCAACAAUCUAGGUCAGUUCACUAACUUGAGGGUCAACUUCACCCACCUGUCCCGCCUCCCGUACCAUGGAGACCACAUACCCAAUGCUUUCUAUGCUUUGACGGAGAUGCAGGUGCAAGGGAGCUGCUUCUGUAACGGGCAUGCAGACCGCUGUGCUGCCUCUGAUGUCUCCUCUGGAGAACCCAAUGCUAUGGUUCAUGGGCACUGUGUGUGCCAGCACAACACUGCUGGGCCAAACUGUGAACACUGUGCAGCUUUUUACAAUGACCAGCCGUGGAGACCUGGCAGCGAUGACAAUCCUAAUGAAUGCCAUCGGUGCAACUGUAAUGGCUAUUCCAACAAGUGUCAUUUUGACCCAGCUGUGUACCAAACCAAUGGGGGAGUGAGUGGGGGUGUGUGUGAAGACUGCCAGCACAAUACUGCAGGAAGGAACUGUGAACAUUGCAAGAUUAACUUCUUUCGUAGCCAACGCUUUGAUCUUGGCCACCCAGAAGCCUGUCUCCCUUGUGAAUGCGACCCAGAUGGCACUGUCCCUGGCUCCAGCUGUGACCCCCUGAAUGGCCGCUGUGUCUGUAAGGACAAUGUGCAGGGUGACCGCUGCCAUCUCUGCAAGCCUGGAUUCACCCAGUUAGUCAAUUCCAACCCCCAGGGUUGCAGAGAUUGUGCCUGCAACAUCUUAGGCAGCCGCAGCAACAUGCCCUGUGACGAUGAAACCGGGCGUUGUUUCUGCCUCCCGAAUGUGGUGGGAGACAAGUGUGACACAUGUGCUCUGAAUCACUGGAAGAUUGCAAGUGGUGUGGGCUGCCAGCCAUGCAGCUGUGACCCUUGGAAUUCCCUCAGUCCUCAGUGUAACCAGUUCACAGGGCAGUGCUCAUGCAAAGAAGGCUAUGGGGGUCAGACAUGCUCUGCUGUGGAAGCAAAGGUUUGCCCAGACCAGUCUUAUGGAGAUGUCAGGACAGGAUGCAGAGCUUGUGACUGUAAUUUCCAGGGCACAGAGGAGAUGGGCUGUGAUAAGGUGACAGGCAGCUGCCUGUGCCAUGCUGGCUUUACUGGGUCUCGCUGUGACCAGUGCCAGCGGGGUUACUGUGGCAACUACUACCGCUGUGAGGCAUGCCACCCCUGCUUCCAGGCCUACGAUGACGACCUCCAUAGGUUUGGUUUGCGCCAGGCCACCUUGAAAAAUUCCUCGCAGCGACUGCAUCUAGGGACAAUGAGCUCUGGCUUCAGUACCCGCCUCUUAGAAGCAGAAGGUGAAGUGCAGCGAAUCCAAGGGAUCCUGGGAAAUCCCCUCACAACAGAGCAGGGACUGGAUCAGGUGGCGAAUAUCAUUGCUACAGUCAGGCAGACCAUUGAACGUAUGAAAUCUGAAAUACCUCUUAUGGAUGAAGUGUCCUCCUUAUCAAUAGAUAUGGAUGCUCUGGAUAGAAGCCUGCUUCUAAUUACCACUGAGUAUCAAAACAAGAAGACCCAGUUUGAAGCCAACCGAAGCACAGACCUCUCAGGAUCAUUCAAGACAGUCAGCUCUGCACAUCAGACAUCUUCUAAUGCCAGCGUGCGCAUAGCUGGAUCUUCUAGCAGGCUGGCUCAAUCUAUGGGAAAUAGAAGGAAUGCUGAGGAGCUAGAAGGCAAUCUGCAAGACCAUAGUUCAGGACUGGAGACUCUGCAGGGUGAAAUAGCCUCCUCUCCAAACUUGACUCCAGCCAUUAAUAAGAUUUGCAGUGGCAUGCGGUCAGAGAUUUGUACUCCUGGGGAAUGUGUCGGGAAACUGUGUCCCCAGCAGAACACAACUGAAUGUGGCCCUAGUCAGGGCUGCAGAGGAAUCUUCUCACUCUCCAGCAGUUCCAUCCAAACGUCCAGGAAAACUUCUCAAGAGAUUCGCAACUUAAGCAUCCGACUGGAGGAGACCACACAGAUGAUCAGAGCUGCAGAAAUAGCUGCCAACCAGAUUCAAACUAACACCCAAAGCCUGGGAGACCAAAUGACCACAACUAGGACCCAGAUAGAAGGAGACAUCCAGCGCACCCAGCAGUUCAUCCGCCAAGUUCGCAACUUCCUGUUGGAUCCAGCCACUGAUGCUGCUACCAUCCAGCAGGUCAGCGAUUAUGUCCUUUCACUCCACCUCCCGACGGAUGCUGCCACCAUUCUGAGGAAGAUGAAAGAAAUUCAGACUCUGGCUGCUAAACUGCAGUGCCCUGAAAGCAUCAUUGCCCAAACUGCUGGUGACAUUGCUAGGGCCAAGCAGCUUCAGCAGCAGGCUGAAGAAGCCAGGAACCGUGCAAAUGUCAUUAAAGGCAACGUGGAAGAUGUGGAAGAGAACUUAAAACAAGCAAACACAGCCCUUCAGGAGGCUGAAGACACCAUCCGUGGUUCUGGUUAUUCCCUCCGGCUCAUCCAAGGCCGCCUUGAUGAAAUCCAGACUGUCCUUAGCCCAGCCCAGAAGAGUGUUCAGAAUAUCAGAAAUCAGCUGGACGGCUUCAUGGGGAAACUCAGCCAGUUGCGAAACAAAGCCGGCCAGAACCAGAUAUGGGCUGCAGAUGCUCAGCAGGCAGCAGGAGAAGCCAAUGAACAAGCAAGGAAUGCACAGUUGGGAUUUGAACAGGUGAAACUUAAAUAUGCAGAACUGAAGAAGCGGAUGGGUCAAGGGCCAGGCUUGGGAGUGCAAGGGGCCCGGAUCCAAAGCAUUCAGAAGGAGACUAACUCUCUAUUUGAAGAAACCUUGAGUAUGAUGACCAAGAUGGGAGUGUUAGAGACAGAGAUCCAAGAUGGCAACAAUGCGAUCAUCCUUGAAUCAGCCAAGCUGGCAGGCCUGGAAAAGAAAGUAGAAACCAUCCGUGAUCAUAUAAGCCACCGGGUUUCAUAUUAUGCCACUUGCACUGACUAACAUGACUUAUUCUCAUCUUCUGGCCAAUGCCUUUUUCUAAUUUGCAAAGUCCAUUUUUUCUCUUGCAAAUAAAAAUUUAUUUACCUUGUAGGAGAAAAAAAAAUCCUGGCUUUGAGCAAAAAGAGCCCAUUAUGAAAGACCUGCACCAAGCUUUACCAUUCAAAAGCCAACGGUCAGGGUGUUAAUUUAUUUCCUUCAGCCUUUCAAGGUCUUUUUAUAUCUAGUUUUUACAUCUUGUAUUAAACUCUUGCAGUGGCUGCUU